GCUAAAGGCUCCGCAAGCAGAUCGUUGUAACAGAAUUCUGCAAUAAGUGGUGGUUCGCACUGCAUUGCGGUGUCGCUGAAGGAGAAGCUUCUUUCCGGAGAUUUUGAUCGGAGCAGAGAGCAUCUGCAGCAAUCCGGCCGGCGGGAAGAGUCCAGAUCUGAAAUAGUGUUUAAACGACGGAGGGAAAACUGAAAGUAAACAUAUAAUGUUGAGUUUGCGUAAAUGCUGCGGAAGAGUUUGAUCGACUUGGAAACUCCUGAAAGGGGAUGAGAGAUUCAGAAAGCUACUAGAAUCUCAUGAUCUGUAUCCCGAUCUGAAAGAGUGAACGGCACCAUUAUCGAAAGCUAAUUGCGGAGUGAAAACAGAGAGGGCAUGGGCUCGACCUCUUUACAUGCUCCAUACUUUCCCCACUCUGAAGAUAAGAGAUGGAUUCACAUGGGCCACUGCCUCUUGCGUUUAAAGAGAUCCCAUGGUUGUCGGUCAUAACUUCAUUUAAUGUUUAUCUUUAAUCUAAUUAUUUUUACAAAUCUCAAGCAAGCAGUCGAUUGCAGAUGCUACUCAGAAGCUCAUCAACUCCAGUUGUGCAAUCCAUCUUCCCAGACAGCCCCAAUAGAGACUUUGACACAAACCACCAUUGCACCAAAUACCCACCUCAAAUAGCCCAACAUGAACAUCACUGCCCCACCAAGCUGAUCUCCUCCGUCCAUGGUGGUCGUAAAACCAAGUUAACCAACAAUCUUGGCUACAAGGCCUUUCGAAGAGCUCGAUCUGAUGGCAACCUGGAAGGACUAGGCUCAGCUUCUUUUGAUCUCGAGGACCACUGUAACUUGAAAACUGGGAACAGAUCCUUACACAAACACAGCAAAACAAUGUUGCAAACAGCUCCAUCCUUUUCGAUAUACACUUUAAAAGAUGAACUUGAAGUAGAGAAUGAGGAAGAGAGGUUGGAGAGAGAGACGCUGGUGAAAGGUGAUGGGAGUUUGGAGAGGUCUGUGACAAUUGGAGAUAGCAUAGAGGGUGUGAGCAGUAGUGGAUUCAGUUUUGGGGAAAAGGGUAUGGCCCUGAUUGAGGAGAAUGACGAAGAUGAGAUUUUGAGUGAUUUUCAGAACGUGGGUAUUGAAGAAGAUGCAUCAGCAAGCCCCCCUAUGUAUCUAGCCACAGGGCUUGGGAUUGAUGGUUCUGGUUUUGGAGGAGUUGGUGGUGGCCGCAGCAAUGGUGGCGCUGGCGAUUUUUCCCCACCAUGUUUCAACGACGGUGGCAAUCUUGAGGAAUAUUACAAGAGGAUGGUUGGUGAAGAUCCUUUUAACCCUCUGUUUUUAAGAAACUAUGCUCAGCUUCUGCAAUCAAAAGGAGACCUUUUUGGAGCCGAGGAACACUACUUCCUCGCUACAUUAGCAGAUCCCAAAGACGGAGAAAUUCUGAUGCUUUAUGCUAAAUUGGUGUGGGAGCUUCAUCAUGACCAAGAUACAGCCCUGAAUUACUUCGAGCAGGCAGCUCAGGCUGCUCCCGGAGACAGCCAUGUUCUUGCGGCGUACGCUCAUUUCCUCUGGGAGAUCGAUGUGGACAAGAAAGAUGAUUUCUUUCGAGGAACUGAUUGCAAUGAUCAGGUUGAAGAAAACAAAGAUCUUGACGGACUUCAGAGCUCAGCUUCUGGAGAAGGGAAACAGCCGGUUGAUGUGGUUGCAGAUGUUCACUUUGAAUGUAUAAGAGCAACCGCUGGCGAAAGAGGUAAUAUUGAGGAGUAUUAUAAGAGAAUGAUCGAGGAAAGUCCUUCCAACCCAUUGUUGCUGAGAAACUAUGCGCAGUUUCUUUAUCAGUCCAAGGGGGAUCCAAAAGGUGCCGAGGAAUACUACUCGCGAGCUAUACUAGUCGAUCCUAGGGAUGGCGAAAUAAUCUCGCAAUAUGCUAAAUUGGUGUGGGAACUUUAUCGUGAUCAAGAACAAGCAUCAUCUUUCUUUGAGCAAGCGGUUCGAGCUACUCCAGACAAUAGCCAUGUUCUUGCUGCAUAUGCCAGUUUUCUUUGGGAAACAGCUGAAGAAGAAGAAGAAGAAGAAGAAGAGGAGGAAGAAAGCACAAGGCAAGAUCACAUUCGAGCACUGAAUUGUGUGGCAACAGCGACAUCUGUGAAUGGCUAACCUUGCAUUAGUUAAAUAAAUCACUAAGUGCCAAUGGCACUAAGGAAAUAAGCAGUCUUUCGGGAUUUCAACUCAUUUUCAAUGUAUUUCCGUAUUAUGCAUUUACUUCGAA